AUGGAUGUCACCCACCUGCUCCUGGCCACCCUGCUGGUCUGCCUGUGCUUCCUUGCUGCCUGUAGUCACUUGGCACCUGAGGAGAAGCCCAGAGAUGACAGAAACCUGAGAUGCAACUCCUCCAUGAACCUGCUGGAUUCCCCCUCAGUCUCUAUCGUGGCACUAAACAAGAAAUCCAGAAAGAUCAGUAUAAGAGAGGCAAAAAAGGAGAGAUCUUCCAAGAAAAAGGCUUCAAUCAAGAAAGUGGCGCGGCCCCGGGACCCGCCGCUGGUUCCCUGCGUAGUCACCCGUGACAGCUGCAGGCAGCCGGCGCCCGCCUGCCGGGACGCUUGCGCCUCCUGCAAGUGUUGCUUCUUCCACAGCGCGGGUUCCUGCCACGUGCUCAAUGCUGCUGCUGGGCGCAGCUUUCAGUUGGCGGCUCUCCGGCAACCCUGGGGACCCUAA